CUCGUGUGUUGUCAGCACUGUGCGAUGGAGGUUGGCGUCGGCAUCUGGGUCAAGAGCAAGGACGAGUGGAUCCAAGCUUCGAUCCGCCAUGUGAAGAAGGACGAUGCCGGCGACGGGGCGCAUGUCGACAUCACCUACGAGUAUGCGCGCGGUGGCGUCGAAUCCCGCCAAGUCGAUGUCGCCAAAGUUGAAGAUGGCACAGACGACACGGUCAAGCUCGCCAACAGUGCCGACAUGGACUUGGUGGACGACUUGAUUCGCCUGCCCAACUUGCACGAACCUGGCAUCUGCCACACCCUGAACGAACGAUUCAAGCAAAACGAAAUCUACACCCUCACGGGCGAGAUUCUCUUGGCCGUGAAUCCGUUCCAAGAUCUCGGCAUCUACAGCGACAAGUUGAUUCGCACGUACAUCCGUCAUGGCAUGCUCCAAGCGUUGGGGGACGAGGAAUCGACGGUGCCGCCGCAUGUAUUUGGGGUCGCGGACACCGCCUUCCGAUCGCUCACGGCACCGCUCACGGGCCGACCGCAGAACCAGAGCAUCCUCGUGAGCGGCGAGUCUGGCGCAGGCAAGACCGAGACCACCAAGUUCAUCAUGAAGUACCUCGCGGCCGUGUCCCAAAGCCAAAGCAUGUGCAAUAUCAACAUCAACCAGAGCGACGUCAUGUCCCAGGUGCUGUCGUCAUCUCCGAUCUUGGAAGCAUUUGGGAACGCGCGGACGAUCCGCAAUGACAACUCGAGUCGGUUCGGCAAGUUCAUCCAGAUGCAGUUCAGUAGCCAUCGGGGGCUGCUUAUCGGCGCCGGCAUCCAGACAUAUCUCCUUGAAACAGUUCGAGUGACCAGCCAAGCCCCAAAGGAGCGCAACUACCACGUAUUCUACGAACUCUUGGCGGGGCUGGAUGACGAUCGGAAAACAAAAUGGGGCUUAACGUACCCCCCCGCGUACUUUUACUACCUCAACCAAAGCGACUGCGUCGUGCGCAAGGACGGCGUGAGCGAUAAGGACCAAUUUGAAUGCCUACGCGAAGCAUUCGACACGAUGCAGUUUGACGACCAAGACCAGCACAACGUCUUGUACACGCUGGCAAACGUCCUCCAUGUUGGCAACCUCAGAUUCCACGCCCCCCCCCACAACGUACACCAUGAAGAGGGGUCCAUGCUGGCGUCGAGUGACCCGACGAGCGCCGCCGCGGAGCUCCAUGUAACCGCCUUCUUUGGCGUGGACCGGCAUGCGCUCGAGGUGGCCCUCACCACGCGGAAAAUCCAAGCGCGGGAUGAAUGGUAUACGCUGGGUCUUCUUCCCGAAGUAGCAGAGCAACACCGAGAUGCGCUGGCAAGGUACGUAUAUGGGAAGCUAUUUGAGUACCUCGUGGGUCGCAUCAACAGUACGAUCGACCACGACGGCGACGGCGACCUCGCGGGGUUUAUUGGCGUGCUCGACAUCUUUGGGUUCGAAGACCUGUCAACCAACUCGUUUGAGCAGCUGUGUAUCAACUAUGCGAAUGAAACCCUGCAGCAUCACUUCAAUGCAACUGUGCUUCGCCAAGAGCAAGUCACAUAUGAACGGGAGCGCAUUCAGUGGAGCUUUAUCAACUUCCCCGAUAACCAGCCGUGCCUGGACUUGCUCGAGAAGAAACCCAUGGGGUUGUUCCACAUGCUAGACGAAGAAUGCAUCGUGCCCCAAGGCAGCGACGAAAACUUUGCCCGAAAAGCCACCAAACGGCACACCACCAAGACCCUAGAUCUGGCGUGUCCGUCGAGCUUCUUUCGGGCGAGCCAUGCCGAUCGCGCCAACCACAUGUUUGCCAUCCACCACUACGCAGGAUGGGUCUCGUAUCACACAUUCGGCUUCUGUGAUAAGAACAAGGAUACGCUGCAUGCGGAAAUCGCCGCCUUGGUGCGCCACUCAUCUUUUGGGUUUCUGCGAACUAUAAGCAGCAGCAAAGCCGAUUCGCCCAGCGCGGCUAGGUCGACGCGGGGCGGCAUCUUGAAGCCAUCGCCGUCGUCGAUGGCCAUCUCGAAAGCAUCCGCCAGCGUCGGCAGCACGUUCCGACGGCAGCUCAAACAGCUCAUGGACACGGUCCAGCACACCCAGUGCGCAUACGUGCGAUGUCUGAAACCGAACGAUAAGAAUAAACCCACUGUGUUUGACUUCCGCCGCAUCUGCGACCAGCUCGAGGCCGGCGGCGUCCUCGAAGCAGUGCGCGUCAACCGCGCGGGGUUCCCCGUCCGGAUCACCCACGCCCAGUUUGUCAAGCGAUAUCGACCGCUCACCCCGGGGGGGAUGCUCAAGCACAUUCCGGACACGUGCGGAGAUGAACUGGCGUCGACGCCCCCCGAACGCCGAGCCGCCGCCGCGACCCUCGCCGCGCUGUUGGUGCAGACGCUCCGGCUGGAUGGCCACGACGGUGAUCCGUCCGCGGGACUUCCGCAUGCCAAACCAUCGAGCACAGCGUCGUCUUCGUCAUCGUCUCUGCAAGUGGGCGAGACCAAGGUAUUUUUCCGACGAACGGCGAUUCAGUAUGUGGAAGCGCAGCUGGCGAAACGAUAUGGCGAGUUUGUCGUGCUGAUUCAAAGCCUGUGGCGCCGAUGUCUAGCCCAACGGCAGCACCGCCGCGCCUUGGCCGCCAUCUUGUGUAUGCAAACGUCGGGUCUGUGA